AUGACCACUACCCGCGCGCUGGCCCUGGUGGUGCUCUCGUGCUGGGCGUGUUUGGGGUUGGAUGUCUCAAAGACUGACCCUGCAGGGCAGGCCGCUGCGGCCCUGGUGCAACAGAUGACGUUGGCAGAAAAGAUAGGCAUGGUGCACGGAAAUCAAAGCGCAGCCGAUCCAGUUCAAGCCGGCUAUGUUGGCUUCUCUCUUGGCGUGCCGCGCCUCGGUGUACCAGGCAUCACCAUGAACGACGGGCCCCAGGGCUUCCGUGGCCCACCUGGCACAUCCACCCAAUUCCCCUCGGGCAUGACGGUCCGUGAUCGCUUUUACCAAUACCCGCACGAAACCGCCCAAGCCCACGGCGCGCCCUCGUGCUCACUGACAGACUCAACCCUGCCUCAGGUCGGGAUGGCUUUUGAUACUGAACUCAUGUAUGAAUUUGGCGCCGCCAUGGGCCGCGAAUUUGCUGGCAAGGGCUGCUUUGUGCAGUUUGGCCCUGGCUUGAACAUUCACCGGCUUCCCUGGGGCGGGCGCAACUUUGAGUAUUGCUCCGGCGAAGACCCAUUUCUGGGCCAAACCCUAGCCCGUGCUGUUGUUCAAGGCAUUCAGGAUCAGGGCAUCAUCGCCAACCCAAAGCACUUUAUCAACAACAACCAAGAAACCGAUCGCCAUGCCGUCUCCGAAAACGUCGAUGAGCGCACGGAAAUGGAAAUCUACCUGCCCCCCUUUGAAGGUGCUGCUCAAGCAGGGGCUCUCUCUGCCAUGUGUGGCAACAACCGCGUCAACCAAGCCUUUGCCUGUGCCAACAAUCACACCAUUAACAUGCUCUUUCGUGAGUUGGCGGGUUUCAAAGGUUGGAUGCUCUCCGACUAUCAAGGCACCCAAUCCACCGUUGCCUCGGCCCUAGGGGGCCUAGAUCAGCAAAUGCCAGGAUGCAGUCAUCCCAAUGCCACAAACCCGCUCAAUUGUGCUUCCGAUAGCAUCCGCCCAAAUUAUUUUGGGGAGCCUCUGGAAGAAGCCGUGCGCAACGGCAGCGUGCCAGAAGCUGUCCUUGAUGCCAAAGUUACUCGCAUCAUCCGCUCCCUAAUCGUGUCUGGUGCGUUCAACCGCACGCGCGACCCUGACCAGACAGCCAGUACCAAUGUCACAAACGGCCAGCAGCGUGAGGUGGCGCAUCGCCUUGCGUUGCGCGCGGCGACUCUGCUUCGCAACCAGGAUCACCAGCUACCCAUCACCUCCAACCACCGUGUGGCGGUUCUGGGCACAGCAGGACACGAUCGCCCCAUUACUGGCGGAUUUGGCUCGGGUGCGGUCACACCCUCGCGCAUUGUUACCGUGCUUGACGGCCUGCGUCAUGCCGGCGUCAACGUCUCGUACGCCAAUGGCACAGAUGUGCACCACGCACGGGCGCUUGCCCAAACCGCCGACAUUGCCGUCCUCGUGCUGGCCACCCUAUCUGGCGAGAAUCAGGAUCGAGCAACGCUUGAUCUUGACCAGGCAGAGCUGGUCGAGCAAAUCGCUCAAGUCCAGCCCCAUCUCAUCGUUGUAGCCGCUGCCCCUGGCGCCUUUGUUGCGCCAUGGAUCAACGCCACGACCGCGCUCGUGCACAUGGGCUACCCAGGACAGGAAAUGGGCGGUGCUGUCGCUGACCUCUUACUGCAGUCUGCAACUUGCAUUUCGCAGGGCUGCCCAAGCGGGCAUCUCACAUUUACCAUGCCCAACCGCUUCAACGAAACCAACAUGACGAUGCUACAAUUCCCCGGCCUGGACCAUGAAUCAAACUACACCGAGCGCUUGCAGGUGGGCUAUCGCUGGUACAACCAGCACCACUUGCUCCCGCUCUUCCCGUUUGGGCAUGGUCUGUCCUAUACGUCAUGGGGCUUUGAAGCUCUGGGCAUUGGGUGCAAUGAGCAACUCGAAUGCGCCGCCUCCGUCACCGUGUCCAACAUUGGCCCGGACACCGGGCGCGCGGUAGUGCAACUGUACUUGACAUAUCCCGCUGCGGGCUUGGGCCAGGACGAGCCGCCGCGCCAGCUUCGUGGAUAUAACACCUCCUUGAUCAGCCCAGGGUCACGGACACAGAUUCAAUUCCCCUUGAACGCACGUGCCUUUAGUGCCUGGGACGUUGGUGCUCGAGCCUGGACCGUCCAAGAUGGUAUAUUCCUGCUAGAAGUCGGCUUGUCCGUCGCCGAUAUCCGAGCCACGACAUCCAUCAUGGUGGCCCGCUGA